GGGGAGGGGAGAAUCGCGGGGAACCCAGGACAGGGUCCCAACUGGACCCUUUGCUUUGGGGUGAACAGAUCUUCAGCUUCUGUGUCUCUGUGCCCUGGAGGGCCGAAGCAGUGGACAUUAAUCCAGAUGGCCUGCCCGGCCGGGGUCCCGGCGCGAUCCCUGAGUUGGGAAGGCUCAUCAGACCCCGGGAGAGCGCAGCAGGCGCUGGCCCUGCUCCGGGCGCCCCCGCGGUUCAGGAGGAACCCCCCGACGCUCCCCGCCAGGGCAGCUGGCCUGGAGCUCAGAGCCGGGGCGUGUGCCAUGGCCCCACACUGGGCCGUCUGGCUGCUGGUAGUGGAGCUGUGGGGCCUGGGCCUUGGGGCUGAGGUGUGGUGGAACCUGGUGCCCCGGAAGACGGUAUCCUCUGGCGAGCUAGCCACGGUGGUGCGGCGCUUCUCCCAGACGGGCAUCCAGGACUUCCUGACGCUGACCCUAACCGAGAAGACGGGGCUUCUGUACGUCGGGGCCCGGGAGGCCCUGUUUGCUUUCAGCGUGGAGGCUCUGGAGCUGCAGGGAGUGAUCUCAUGGGAGGCGCCAGUGGAGAAGAAGGCUGAGUGUAUCCAGAAAGGGAAGAGUAACCAGACGGAGUGUUUCAACUUCAUCCGCUUCCUGCAGCCAUAUAACACGUCCCACCUGUACGUGUGCGGUACCUACGCCUUCCAGCCCAAGUGCACCUACAUUGACAUGCUCACCUUCACCCUGGAGCGGAGCGAGUUUGAGGAUGGCAAGGGCAAGUGCCCCUAUGACCCGGCCAAGGGCCACACCGGCCUCCUUGUGGACGGUGAGCUGUACUCGGCCACACUCAACAACUUCCUGGGCACGGAACCAGUCAUCCUGCGGAACAUGGGGCCCCAUCACGCCAUGAAGACUGAGUACCUGGCCUUCUGGCUCAACGAACCUCAUUUUGUGGGCUCCGCCUACGUCCCAGAGAGUGUGGGCAGCUACACGGGGGACGACGACAAGGUGUACUUCUUCUUCAGUGAACGCGCUGUGGAGUACGACUGCUACGCCGAGCAGGUGGUGGCCCGCGUGGCCCGCGUCUGCAAGGGCGACGUGGGGGGCGCACGGACGCUGCAGAGGAAGUGGACCACGUUCCUGAAGGCACGGCUGGUGUGCUCUGUGCCCGACUGGCAGCUCUACUUCAACCGGCUGCAGGCGCUGCACACGCUCCAGGGUGCCUCCUGGCACAACACCACCUUCUUCGGGGUUUUCCGGGCGCGGUGGGGCGACAUGGACCUGUCAGCAGUCUGCGAGUACCAGUUGGAGGAGAUCCAGAAGGUGUUCGAGGGGCCCUACAAGGAGUACCACGAGCAGGCCCAGAAGUGGGGCCGCUACACUGACCCUGUCCCUAGCCCGCGGCCCGGCUCGUGCAUCAACAACUGGCACCGGCGCCACGGCUACACCAGUUCCCUGGAGCUGCCCGACAACAUCCUCAACUUCAUCAAGAAGCACCCACUGAUGGAGGAGCAGGUGAGGCCUCGAUGGGGCCGCCCCCUGCUGGUGAAGAAGAAUGCCAACCUCACCCACCUGGUGGCGGACCGGGUCACGGGGCUUGAUGGGGCCACCUACACGGUGCUGUUCAUCGGCACAGGAGAUGGCUGGCUGCUCAAGGCUGUGAGCCUGGGGCCCUGGGUUCACCUGAUUGAGGAGCUGCAGCUAUUUGACCAGGAGCCUGUGGAGAGCCUGGUCCUGUCCCGGAGCAAGAAGCUGCUCUUCGCGGGCUCCCGCUCCCAGCUGGUACAGCUGCCCCCAGCCGACUGCAUGAAGUACCGCUCCUGCGCUGACUGUGUGCUCGCCCGGGACCCCUACUGUGCCUGGAACGCCAACAGCAGCCGCUGCGUGGCCGUGGGCGGUCACUCCGGGUCCCUGCUGAUCCAGCACGUGGCGGUCUCGGAUACCUCGAGCAUCUGUAAUUUCCGGGGCAGUAAGAAAGUCAGGCUUACGCCCAAAAACAUCACAGUGGUGGCGGGCACGGAUCUGGUGCUGCCCUGCCGUCUCUCCUCCAACCUCGCCCACGCCCGCUGGACCUUCGGGGGCCGCGACCUGCCCGCGGAGCAGCCCGGCUCCUUCCUCUAUGAUGCCCGGCUGCAGGCCCUGGUGGUGAUGGCUGCCCAACCCCGCCACGCCGGUGCCUACCACUGCUUCUCGGAGGAGCAGGGGGCCCGGCUGGCUGCUGAAGGCUACCUCGUGGCGGUGGUGGCUGGCCCGUCAGUGACGCUGGAGGCCCGGGCCCCGCUGGAGAACCUGGGGCUGGUGUGGCUGGCUGUGGUGGCCCUGGGCGCCGUGUGCCUGGUGCUGCUGCUGCUGGUUCUGUCCCUGCGCCGGCGGCUGCGCGAGGAGCUGGAGAAAGGUGCCAAGGCGGCCGAGAGGACCCUGGUGUACCCGCUGGAGCUACCCAAGGAGCCCACCAGCCCCCCCUUCCGGCCCGGCCCCGAGACGGACGAGAAGCUCUGGGACCCUGUGGGCUACUACUACUCAGAUGGGUCCCUCAAGAUCGUGCCUGGCCACGCCCGGUGCCAGCCCGGUGGUGGGCCCCCCUCACCGCCCCCCGGCAUCCCCGGCCAGCCCCUGCCUUCUCCGACACGGCUCCAUCUGGGAGGUGGCCGGAACUCCAACGCCAACGGCUAUGUGCGUCUCCAGCUGGGAGGGGAGGACCGCGGCGGCCUCGGGCAUCCUCUGCCCGAGCUCGCCGACGAACUGAGGCGUAAACUGCAGCAGCGCCAGCCGCUGCCGGACUCCAACCCCGAGGAGUCCUCAGUAUGAGGGGGCCCCUCGGGCGGUGGCCUGGGAGGCACGGCUCCCUACGUUUUUGCACAGGCACCAGCUACCUCAGGGACAUGGCAUGGGCAACUGCUCUGCCCGGGACCGCCCGGCCAUGAGGACCUGCUCUGCCAGCACGGGCACUGCCACUUGGUGUGGCUUACCAGGGCACCAGCCUUGCAGAGGCACCUUCCUCCUCUGUGAGAGGCUGUGGAUCACAGACGCGUGGGACCCCAACAGCCGAAACCUUUCAAGGCAGAAGUUGCAGAUGUGGGUGUGUUUGUGUACAUAUGUGUGUGAAUGCAGAUGUGUGCACAUACGCCUGUGCGUGCGUGCGUGCGUGCAUGUGUGUGUGUGUGUGUGUGUGUGUGUGUGUGUGUGAGAGGCAGUCUUCCUGUUUCUGUCGAGUCUUCCCUUGGCCUGGGGUCCUCCUGGUGGGUCAUUGGCGCUAUGAAGGGGAAGGGGUCGUACACUUUGCCUCCCCUGCCCCCACCUGUCCCCAGUAGGGGGCAGCCAUGUACAUAUGGGGGUGGGCCGGGCAGGGUGCUGUGCCCCUUGGGGGGAAUCAGGGCUCUGGGGUGGGGCCUGGUCCUGCUCCCAGGGCUAUGAAUGUGUUCAGGGUGGGGGGAGGGAGGUGCAGCCUCCUGUGUGUUUGGGGGGAAGGGUUGGGAGGGGCUUCCCACUUGGCCCUGGGGCUCAGUGGUGUUUUAUACUUGUCCUCCCUGGCAGGGCUGGGAAAGGUUGUGUGGGGGGGGGAGGGGGGGAGGCGAGAGGGGUGGGCAUGCUGGGGAUCUGGCAUUUCCUCUCCCAGCCCUAGGAGGAGGGCUCCCAGCAGUGUAACUUAUUGUGUCCCCGCGUAUUUAUUUGUUGUAAAUAUUUGAGUAUUUUUAUAUUGACAAAUAAAAUGGAGAGAAUGAAA